AUGGGUAAGAGAAACGCCAGAAGAAACGGGAAGAACUUUGGGAAACGUGCCAACGACUCUGGACAAAAGGAUUCCCGAGACGGAUGGAGCGAGUUAGUUCGUGAGAAUGAAAAAUGGGAAAAGUACUAUAAAGCUUUGGGGAUUAUUCCAGAAAACGAAUGGGAUGAUUUCAAGAAGCACUGCCAAACCGACUUGCCAUUGACCUUUAGAAUCACCGGGUCCAGAAGCCACGCUGAUGAAAUUAAGGAAAACUUCAAGCAAAACCAUGUAUCAAACAUGGCCAAGAUUGAAAUAGAAGGAAUAAACAUUGCACCUAAGAAUAUUGCUUAUUACCCUAACAAUUUGGGAUGGCAGAUCGAUGUGCCAAAGAAAUUGGUUCGUAAGAAUGUUGAGUUUGCUAAGACCCAAAGAUUUUUGGUGAUGGAAACUGAAGUUGGUAAUAUUUCAAGACAAGAAGCUGUUUCAAUGAUUCCACCAUUAUUGAUGGAUGUCAAACCACACCAUCAUGUUUUGGACAUGUGUGCAGCCCCUGGUUCCAAGACUGCUCAAUUGGUUGAAGCAUUACAUGCUAACGACGAACAAGAGUUGGCCAGUGGGUUUGUUAUGGCCAAUGAUAGUGAUUACAAGAGAUCUCACAUGUUGGUUCACCAAGUUAAAAGAUUGAACUCACCAAAUUUUGUUGUUGUUAACCACGAUGCUUCCAUGUUCCCAAGAUUGAAAUUAAAUGGAGCCACUGAUUUUUUGAAAUUUGAUAGAAUUUUAUGUGAUGUGCCUUGUUCAGGUGAUGCCACCAUGAGAAAGAAUGUUAAUGUUUGGAAAGAUUUUACUUUUGGUAAUGGGUUAGGUUUACAUCCUUUACAAGUCAAAAUUUUGAAUAGAGGUAUUCAAUUAUUGAAAAAAGGUGGUAGAUUAGUUUACUCAACUUGUUCAAUGAAUCCAAUUGAGAAUGAAGCCGUUGUUGCUGCUGCUUUACGUAAAUGGGGGGAUCAAAUUAAAUUGGUUAACUGUGAUGAUCAAUUACCGGGUUUGGUUAGACGCAAAGGUAUCAGUGAAUGGACUGUUUAUGGUAAAGACUUCAAACCAAGAACCAAAGAAGACGAUGACGUCGCCGAUACUGUUUUCCCACCUAAUGAAGAAGAAGCUAAAACUUUCGGUUUAGAAAAUUGUGUUAGAGUGUAUCCCCACUUACAAAACACUGGUGGGUUUUUCAUUACUGUUUUUGAAAAAAUUGACACUGAAGCAGAAGCUAAAGGUAAAAGAGUUAGUGAAGAAGAAGAUAAAGCAGCUAAAAAAGCAAAAAUCGAAACUGCUAACUCCAUUAGUUCUAAAAAUGUUGCCGCUACUGCCUCAAGUACCUCAGAGGGUAAAAAGGAAAGAUUACCAAGAGAUUCUAAUGAAGAGCCUUUUGUAUUUUUGCCUCCUGAUCAUCCUCAACUUCAAAAAUGUUUUGAUUUUUAUGAUUUCAAUGAUAAAUUUCCAAAAGAGUGUACUUUAGUUAGAAAUGCUCAAGGUGAACCAAAUAGAACUAUUUACUACGUUUCACCAAUUGUUCGUGCUAUAUUAACUAUGGAUGAACAAAAAUUAAAAUUAAUUCAUGCUGGUAUUAAAGCUUUCACUACUCAAAGAAACGAUAAUGGUCAUUGUCCAUGGAGAGUUCAAAGUGAAGCUUUAAAUACUUUGAAAAAAUUCAUUGGUUCUAAUAGACAAUUAAGUUGUAAUUUAGAAUUAUUUAAAUUAUUAUUAACUGAUGCAUUCCCUAAAAUUGAAGAUGUGAAAAACAAACAAAUUGAUAUCCCAUUUUCAGAAAAAUUAUCCACUUUAUCUGAUGGUUGUGUGUUUUUAUCCGUCAAGAGAGAAGAAGGUAAAGAAGAUUUAUUUUUACCUUUAUGGAAAGGUAUUUCAAACUUAAACUUGAUGGUUAAUAAAAAAGAUUCUCAAGAACUUUUAUACAGAGUUUUCGAUAUAGAAACCUCCUCGAAAGAUGAAGGUAAAGAAGCUGCUUAUCAAAGAAAGGUUCUUGCUGAACAAGAAGCUCGUAAAUCUGCUUCUGCCACCGUUUCUGCUUCUGAAUCUGCUGAACCAGAAAAUAAUUAA